AAUGCCGGGCUAUAAAGACCUUUUUAAGUCCGCGGAUCCGGACCAUCAGUGUUACUCGCCGGUUCGACAGUAAACAGAGAACACAAUCACAGAACCAUGCGUUUUGCAGUCAGAUCAGUGGUGAGUAUAUUACACGGUUACGGUUUUCGGUUUCAUAGGAUGGCCCGAUGUUUUUUCACAUUUUAUUCGCGAUACAGCUUCGACGACUCGGGCCGUUUUAGCUCACAAGUGCAGCAGACAUAACGACAAAUGUUACGUGCGCGCGUGAAAACCACGGUUAUUCUAAAUCGAAUAGUAUGCGUAUCGGCGUGUUUGAGGGGUCGGAUGAUUUCGAUGCUGUAAUCUGCGUGUCCGGGCUGAGGACUCCGAAGAGUCUGUCCGGGAUUCCUAGGCUUUUUCCGGUUUCCGCGUGGUUUAAACGGUAAAAAGUGCUUAUGCUGACUGUAUAAGUAGUUUGCGCCACAAGUUUGGCACAAUGUUGGUUCUUCCGUUCGCGUGAGAUGGUCACGGCCUAUUCGCAGUCGGUUUAAAAUUGAUUCGUCGUUGCGAUCGAAAAGUUUGGGUACAGGCCGCUAUAAUACGGUAGUGUUUUUGAUUUCCCGGCGUUUGUUAUUUCGGUGUACACCGCAAUUCGCUCGGAUCCUCGAGGUUUUUUCAUCGCAAUGUUUUUUUUUUUUUUUUUUAUCCCCCGGCGACGCGAGUGAUUUGUUUUCACGAUACACCCCGUGUACCGAUAAUAUUCCUGGUAAUUUCGCUCCGUGUCCGCGCCAAUCAUUACGGUUAUCGGUGCGCUCUGUCGGCACACGCUGCGAUAUUAACCGCGAAUUCGGUGCACCCGUUUGUAGUUUAUUUACCUCAUCGAAUCCGCGGCGCCCGGACAAAAACGACAUCACAUUAAACCGAAACGGUGAAGACACUCCUCGUGGGCGUGAAUCGAAAUUAGAUCGUCAUCACCGUCGGAUAAAAUAAUAGCGACUUGAAAGGAGCCGUGCACAUUAGCCGAGGCUCCAGUGUUUUGCCGAUUUCAAUUUAUUUACACCGACUCGUCCGAAACGUAUAUAGAAAAUGUCCUAGGGCCCUUUUCGAGCGGGUUAUCCACCUCGGUUCAUUGUUUUCUUUUUUUUUUUUUUUUCUUUUUUUUUUUUUUUUUUGAAAAUCCCAGAGCGGUGUGUGACCUCGCGGGACCGUCCGAUUCUCACGAACCACUGCAGACAAUCGCGGUGAAAUUAAUCAACUGCGUCAUCAUCAUAAUCAUCGUAUACCUGUAUAUUAUAUAGUAGGCAUUAUUAUAUUCCCGGACUUGGCGCCUGUACGAGCCGUCUUUUGUGCGUCGAAAAUAAUAUAACAUAAAAAGAAUACGACCACUAGCUAGUAGAAAAAAAAAGAAAAAGAAAGAAAUAUUAUAAUAAUGUUACAGUUCGUUUAAACAAUGUGAUUGUACUAUUGUAUAAUAUACUUGCAGAUAAUUGUGCUGUUGGGCUGGUGCGCGUUCAGCUCCGGUCAAGAUUACGACGACGAUAUUGUGGAUAAAGUCCAUUCGUCCGUACCUCAACCGCGCAGUAUAAAUCAAGAUGUCUCUAUACUCAAACAGAUCCAUAGGUAAUAAUAUUAUUGUAAUACGCUUAACCGUACUGUGCGAAUAAAAUGGUAUCGUUACAAGGUUCGGGCGUUUUUGACACGAUAAUGUAAAUCUGUGAUUUCCAACUUCUUUUAUUCUAUGCCUUCUUUGUAGAUUUUUGAAAACCUCUGGCAUUUUAACAAACACGUAGAUUGUAAAAAAAAAAAAAAAAACGGUCAUCAUGGUAUCGAUAAGCAAACAAAUCUUAUCAAAAAUGUCAACUGCCCCUUGUCACUUCUACCUAUACGGCCUUGUUCGUAAUUUGUAUCGAUACCCAAUUACCGGUCAUUAUUAUUAAAUUUUUUUCUUGGUGGUGACCGCUUGCGCCUACCCGACAAUUUGUUUCCUAUUUGGAAAACACCGAUAUAAACGAAAUGGUCCGUGUAAGAAAAUCCGCUUUUUUUCCUAGAAAAUCAGUUUUUGGCAAUUUUUUAUUACAGUUUUUUCCCAUUUAAAUCGUAUGCAAAAACAAGAUCAAUCCGAUUUUGUAUAGGUAUACGCGUGUAGACAUAGACAACAUUUUAAUAUGAAAUUUACUUACAAAAACCCGACGAGUCAUACUAAAUGGAAUAGACAGUUCCACGUUCGAAUUAAAAUUGCAUGUACAAUAGCCAGACGAGUACAAACUAAACUAAUUUUUCUUCUCCUGAACAUUUUCAAAAAAGUUGGACUCGUCUGGUUGUACUACGGAACGUUUCAAACACUAUUGUACAACUGAAUUAUGAGUCAGUAUAUAAGUUGCACGCUCUCUGCACUUUUUCUAAUUACAUUCCACAAUACGUUCAUGUAGUUAAAUAGCAAUCUUAAUAAUAAUGCAAAAAUUAUGCAACAUAAUAUCAUGAUCAAUAUUUGGUAGUUGUUAAUUAAAUCUUCACCAAAAACCUUGCCGACACGUUGCUGAGGGUGAUUCACGGUGAUCUGACACAUGCAAUAAAUUAUGUUCUAGGGUUGAGUCACCACUUGUGUCCAGUAUCCCUACUUUUUAUCGCCUAUUAUAUUUGUAAAUAGUGCAAUAUUAUAAUUUUAUCAGUCGUGGUUAUUGUUGUAUUAGUAUAUACAUUAAUUAACUUACCGAGUGAUUUAGUUAUUACAAAAAUAGUAGGCAGAUAGUGUUGAAAUGGCCAUAGGACGGAAAAAUACAAUUUUAAAAAUAUGAAUACAAAUUUCUCACUCCAUAAUAUCAUGUUGUUAAGACUAUGAAAUUAGUUUAAUUAGGUUUAGUUUUGAGUUGUAUUCAACAAUUGUAAAUAGAUUCAAUCAAAAUGAAUAGAAAUAAAUACUUAAAAUUCUCAUUGGUACGCGACUCGGUUCUAGUUAAUAUUUUCGAAUUUCGUUGUUUUUUUUUUUUUUUUAGUUUUUCUUCUAUUAAGUACUAGAGCCUAUGAUUUGUAUUUUUAUAAAUUUAUUUCGAAACGAAAAAUCGGUGUUACAAAUAUUAAAUAAAAUAACGUUGAGUCAUUAUUUAUCUACUUGUCUACAAUACUUUUGAAGUUUAUAAAAGUUAAAUUGUCACUACAAAGAUAUUACAAUAUCGAUCGAUUCACCGAUUUUUCCAUCAAGCAGUACUAAUGUAGUAAUACGGUAAUUCAUUUUAUUACACAGUAAUUAUUAUUUAUUAUAUUUGAAUUGAUAUUUAGUAGUGAACAAAUUUGAACUUUAACUCCUAAAAAUUGUAGACAAUUAAUGACUUGUCAUUAUUAAAAUUAAACAUAAUAUGUAACACCAAAUGUGUUUCGAAAUUAAUUUAUGUAAAAAAUAAAAAAAUAAGAAGAAGAAGAAUAACAACACAAAACUCGUAAUUACUACAAAAUAUAUACACUAAUAUCGAAUAGAACAAAAGUUAAUGCGAAUAUCAAAACUCAAUGAAUCAUCCUGUACAUCAUUCGGUCGUAAUACAUAUAGGAAGUAGUAAUAUGCAAUCCAUUGUGUAUGAUCAAAGACAAUAAUAUAUUGUAAUAACUCAAAUGUUCAAAUACAUAUACAAUAGGUAUACAAUAGGUAUUUACGAGCGGUUGUAAUAAUAAUAGUAUGAUAGUUGUUCCGGUGUGAAAAAAAAUAUAAUAAUAUGCCCUGCCAUCUAGCGGUUGAUUUACAAUCGAUUGCUUUUUAUUGUUUCAACAUAAUAAUAAACUUUUUAAUUUUUCAAUUAGUUUAUUUUAUGAUAUCUUCGACAAAAUACGUCAAAUGCGUACGAAAGGAAAUAAUUAACUCUAAAGAUAAAAGCUAGUAACAAAUAAAUUUACUCCGUUAAGUUUAAAUCCAAACUAAAAUUGUUGACGUUAAUCAGUUUCAGAAACGUUAAGAUUUAGUAAAAAUAAAAAAAAACAAAAACUUCAAAAAUGUUAAGUAACUUGUUUGGAUAUAAAACUAAAUCAUUACAUUCAUAGUAAGUUCAAACACAUAAUACAUUAGGAGAAAGUAAUAUUUCUAAAAACUUAAUGGUUCGACUUCAACUUGUCAACUUGAAUUGUGAGAAAAUUAAUUAACCGUAAAAAGUUUGGUUUGUACAACGGAUGAUUAUACAAUUAGUUAAAAUGAUAUGAUGUAGUAUUUGUGGGUACAAGAAGUGAAUAAUGUUAAAAAAUAAACUUAUUUUCAAUUAGUUACGCCCCCGGACCAAUUUAAUAUUCAGAAUUUAAAUGCAAAUUUUAAACGGUAAUUUAUAUUUCGGAGGGGGUUCGCACCAACAACCCCUUCCACCGCGGCCGAUCUAAUUCGAUACCAAAAAUACAACUUAACGGAAGUCGAUUUUCACAUAGUUUUACCGAAUCAAUUCUCGUCGUUGUUAACAAUAUUAAUCGAAAAACUUAAAUCAAACUACGGCACACGGACAUUGUAUUGUUAUAAUAUAACGCGCGUAAAUCGAUUUAUUUAAAAAGAUUCGACGGAAUAAAUGGCUAAUAAAAAGUAAAAAACGCUGUCCUAGGAUAACAGAGACGGGCGCAACCGCCGUUAUAGGUGAGAAGUUAUAUAGAUGGCACGGGGGAAAUUUAAUGUACGCCACGGAUAAACCAUCGCUAACGAAAAAACGAUUAUGAGCGGAGUUCGGUUGAUAGUGUUGCUUUGUCAACAAAUAUUACGUCGUAUUACGGUCAGGUUAGGUCGCACAUUCAUUAUACAAUUGCAUUUUUAAUAAUAUUCGUUUGACGGCGUACUUAUUUUCCCGUUUUCCCUACGUCGUUUUUCCCCCGUUUAUUUGGAAAAAUCCCGGAGGAAAAAAAAAAACCACCUCCCCGAAGUAACAACGCCCCGGUCAGAUUCCCUUACGGAAAACAGCGCCGCCGCCGUCGAACCGGAGCGGGAAUCGCCGGUAGAAGUGUCGCGCGCCGGAAACGGAAAGAACCGCCGUAAAACCGAUUCGUCGCGAAACGCCGCUCAGAAUCUGAAAAAAAAAAACGUCGGAUAGGACAAUGUCUACCCAAAUCUGUACAGGCACUGCGAUAUUAUUGUCGUCGAUAUCGUGCGACGCGGAAACAGUGCGAGGACCCGAGGUGCCCGCGUCCGCCGCGCCGUCGCGCCGUAAUAUUAUUGCGCGGCCAACUGACGACAUGCGACGGUUUUCUUUUACACACGCGGUCCGCGCGGUUUUUUUCCCGCUCGCGCGCGUCGCGCAAAGCGGCCGGGGAGUCGGAACCGCUGCCGGGAAAACGCUUUUGUCGCGGCGGGCGCAACGCUCCCGGCGGAGUUGCGUUGUCGCGCGCGGGCUCUAGCGCGUUGUCGCGCCGCAAUAGAAAAACAACCAUUUAAAAACGGGCGCAGGCGACUCGACAAUAAUAACAAUAUUAUUGUUAUUGUUGUUAUUGUUGUUAUUAUUGUCACUGCGGUACGCGAGACUCGGCGCGCGACAAUAAAACGCGCGCGUCACGACGCGGUGCCGGGCGCAAAUGUUACCGCGGUCGAUACGGUAACGUCCGCGGGGCGAACGGUCCGAAACCGCGCACGUCGCAAAGAGUGAAAUCGAGUGUCGAGCCUCGCAAAAUAUCCCGUCCCGGGCACGCGUUUCCGUCUCGCGGUUGAAUGUCGCACGAUAAUCCGUUCGGUUUUCUAAUUGUUCACACGGUGGCCAUUCACGCGGACAGUUUUGUCCGCCGCGGCUGCCCGCUCUCGCCCGGCCGCGUGUCCCUCUCCGGUUCUCGAACCCCAGACUUGUAGAAUUUUUCUCCCCAGCGUCCGUCCGUCUUUUUCUCCGUCUUCCUUUUCGUACUCCCACAGUAUGCCGCGGCGCGGGCGCAGACGCGUAUUUGACCCGUAUCGUCGUUUAUCUUCCGGUCACGGUUGCGACCGAAAAGCGAUUCUGAACGCGGCUCGCGGCAAUCCCAUAGCAAUAAAGUGACGGUGUAAAUGAAGACACAUAAGACUCGGUAAUACGUCAUACCCCUUGAUAAUACGAUUUAGCCGUUGUAGCGCAAAAUAAUACAAAUAUUCCCGGUUUUCGGAUGUUUUCUUUUUCCGAUUUCUCGCAUUAAUAACAAAUAUGCAUAGAGUAUCAACAAAUUAUUUCCCGCUUUGGUUUUGUACAUUUUAGAAUCUCAACGAAACGAGAACGUAUUGGUUAUACUAUUGUGUGUGUGUGUGUGUGUUUGUUUUUUUUUUGUGCCUGUAAACAAUUUUUCUAUCAAAAUUCUUGCUCCAAUCAAUAAUUCAAUUGGAACUCUCUUGUAGGAUUUUGGGUCAAGUUUGUGUGUUGAAGAAGUUUUAUUUUUAUUUUCCGUGUGAUUUCCUUAAUAAAUAGUUUUCCAUUUUUUUUUCAACUGGAAAUUUGUCUAUAAUUUUUAUAAUUUCUGAGUUACCUUAGCAAACAUACUCAGAAUACUCAAAAUAAUGGUUUUAUCAUUUAACAAGCAUCUUUUCUGAAAGGAUACUACACUUGAUACUUUGAGCAAGUCUUUUUUUGAUUUUCCUAGCGGUUUUCGUAGUUAUUAGGAAAUAACGGGGAAAAAACGUAGGAAAAACGAGAAAAUUUACGAAAAUAACGAUUUUAUUAUUUUUCAAUUUUGUUUUUUUAUUGUAAUUUAGUUUAAAAUAAAAGUAAAGAUUUGACAUUUGGACAAAAAACACAUAUUUGCCUUUUUUAAACGUGGUAAAAUUUUAAAAUUAUUUAAGCCAUUUUUGGACUAUUUAUAGACAUUUUAAUUUUAAUAGUAUUUUACGUAAUUUUUGUUUGGUUAGUACCUACUCUGAGUAUAAAAUUGUUAAAACAGAAAUGCUUAAAAAUUUGACAAGAGGUUCAUCGUAAUUCGUAUUUAACGGCUGAAAAAAAAAAGAAAAAAUUGAGUGUUUUAUGCAGUUUUUUUUUUUUUUCAUAACUUUUAAAAUCAAAUUUUAACGAAAAUUAUAAAUACUGUAGUGUUUUAAAAUGCGUGUAACCGAACUUCGCUCCAAAUCUCUUUUCGUUAACCAUGAUUUAUCGUUGCUUACAGGUAUGAAUUAAAUAACUUUAUGCGACCUGUCUUCUCGACUUCACACCUACAACAGUGGCGCACCUGUCCUCGGUUUCGGAUCUUUUUUUUUUAUAAAUUGUAUUUAAUUUAUCAAAAAUAUUCUUAUUUAUAAUGGUUUAUUUUAUUAAAAAAAAAAAAAAAAUCUAUAAUUAAAUUAAAAUCAGAAUAUUUUAGUACCCGAAAUACGGAUUCACGGCAAAUCUCGGAUUUCGAAAUUCCGGAUAUACCCCAUCACUGUCACUGUAUGACAGUGAUGACCAUUUGACAAUUUCAACGUUUUCCGUGCCAUUUUUCAACGCGUCGAAACUCGAAAGGGAAACGGACGCUUUUAUAAUACACGCGUCCGUACAAACGCGAGAAUUACUCAAUAUUUCCUGUCUCGCGCAUAACAUUCGUAAUCCUGGGAGUUCCGAAACACAAUGCUGGUUUUAUGUAAAAUUUUACGAAUGACGGGCUGCAUAAAGUUUCGCGGGAAAAAAAAAUAAAAACCACGCGCCCGGUAAAAUAUAAUAAGCGCACGAGUGUAUUAAUGUAACACGCAGUGUUAUGUUAUUUCCCGUCUCGCGCAAUUAACAUUGCGAUUUGAACGCGGGAAAAUUAAUUUUUGAAUUUUCGUUAAUUAAUUUAAUUUCGGUGAUAAUUUUUUUCUCUUUUCUAAUCUCGUUUUACAGACACAACGAAGACGGAUCGUACACGUACGGGUACGAAGGAUCGGACGGAUCGUUCAAGAUCGAAACGAAACUCCGAUCGGGCGAAGUGUCAGGCAAAUACGGUUACGUGGACGACGUGGGCAAGCUGCGCGUCGUCGAAUACGGGGCCAACAAGUACGGGUUCCAACCGUCCGGCGACGGCAUAACCGUUCCGCCGCCAACGCUUGUCGAAUUGAAACGCGACAAUGACGACGACGUCGACGAACGAGACGACUUCGAGGCACCGGCGCCGCGCCCGGUCAAAAGGCCGCAGCCGUCGUCCGGAAAACCGCGAAAACCGUCGUCGUUCCAAGGUAGGCCCGACGGAUUCGUCCAACAACAAGUGCAACAGCAACAACAACAACAACAACAACAACAACAACAACCGAUACCGAACUCCGCCACGCGUUCGAUAGCUGCCGAAUUUGACGGUGACGACGGCGAAUGGGCCGCCCCGGCCAGAUCGGCUAGACCGCCACUGCCCGCCGACAAUUCCUUUAAUCGGCCGGUGGCCAACCGUCCCAAGCCGAUGCUGCCGCCGGUAUCCGGUUCCUUUGCGGCCGCGCCUGAACCACUGCAGGGUCCUUCGGGAUCGUAUCAGACCGAAACGAACUUUGGCAGCAGGAGGCCGUCGGAAAACGGCAGCAGGAACAAGGCGCCGGUGGUGGUCGCCGACAUGUACCAGACGUUCGAAGAGCCACAGGAACCAGUGCAGGUGGUCCCGGUCAAACAGACGAGGAAGAACGGGGGUGCCGGUUCGGCCCGCGCCCAAGCUCAGGCGUUCCGGCCCGCCGCGUCUAACCCGAGGCGGACGAACAGCGGCGUUCUCGACCAGCUGGCUGAACAGUACGCGCUGCCCGAGACAGGAUCUCCCGUGUCGCACAGCGUAUCUUUUGGAUUGGACCACUGAGAGGCGGUUAGGUUAGGUUAGGUUAGGCACGUACGUGUAUGUGUAUUAUACGUCUUCCGUCAGGCGUUUGUGUAAAUAUCCAUAAUGUGUAAUAAUAUUGUGAUUUGAAAUUAUUAUUAAACAACCGACGUGUUAGUUGUGUACGAUUUGAAGACUGUAUAAUUAUUGUUAUUUAUCUCAAGACAUAUCGUACACAAGCACUCGACGCGUUGAGAAUAAAUCGAUUUUUUUGGUUUUUA